CGCUGUUCCUUGAACGUGUGGGCCAAAACGCGAAUGAACAUCGACCGUGGAAGUUGGCUGCAGCAGUACAAAGCGCUAGGCUGAAGGUGAAUGAGAACAGGAAAAUUCUACAAGGGAAACGCUUACAAAAUCCGACCGAUAAUUCGAAAUAAAUGAUGAAAUAAUCAAAUCAAAUCUAUGGAAUAAUUGACUUAUACAAAAUUCAUGUGAGACCAGCGAGCCGCGGCCCCUAGCCAAAGCUAGCCACGUACCAAGGAGCAGCAGCAGGAGCAACUCACACACACCGAAGGACCCGCAUCAUCAUCAUCUUUCCUGCCCAGUCGUCGCCACUGCUGCCGCCCUUGCCCCCGGAGUCACACUUCGUUAGACGCUGCUCAAAACCCAUCAUCUAACCAGUAAAACUGACUAUAAACAGGCACAUUAAGUCCAAGGCAAAGCGCAGGCAGGCCCAGACUUUGAUUGGGGAGAGGCAUCAUCGGAAAGAGCGGCAACACUGUCUGACUAGGAGCAGAAUCACAACACAACAAAAUGCCGCCAAAUGCAAAAUCGGAAGCGGACGCCAAGCCGGACGCAGAGCCAGCGCCCGAGUCGGCAACAGAACUAGAUUCCGUGGACCAGAAGCUGGAAGAAACACAUCACUCCAGGUUCCGCGAACUGGAGAAGCAGGAACAGGAGUCGGCCGCCGAAGAGGCAGCGGCAGCGGCCGCCGAAAGUCAACGAAUCGCACAGGUGGAGACAACAACAAGGAGCGCAACCACAGAGGCUCAGGAAUCAACUACCACCUCCUUGCCGGUCAUCAAAAAGAUUGAGCAUGCCGGCGAAGUGGUCACCGAGGCGAUUGCGGAGCGCACGGGCCUGCCGACAUGGGGCGUGGUGGCCAUCAUAAUACUCGUAUUCCUCGUCGUCUUUGGUAUUAUAUUCUUCUGUGUGCGGAGGUUCCUGAAGAAGCGAAGAACCAAAGAUGGUAAGGGUAAGAAGGGUGUCGAUAUGAAAUCGGUACAGUUGUUGGGAUCGGCCUACAAGGAGAAAGUUCAGCCUGAUAUGGAGGAACUCGCCGAAAAUGCCGAAGAGGACGAGGAGGACAAGCAGAGCGAACAGAAGCUGGGGCGUCUCAACUUCAAGCUGGAAUACGACUUCAAUUCGAAUAGCUUGGCCGUUACGGUCAUACAGGCCGAAGAGCUACCCGCCCUGGACAUGGGCGGCACUUCGGAUCCCUAUGUCAAGGUCUACCUGCUGCCGGACAAGAAGAAGAAGUUCGAGACCAAAGUGCAUCGCAAAACGCUGAGUCCGGUCUUCAAUGAGACGUUCACCUUUAAGAGUUUACCCUACGCCGAUGCCAUGAACAAAACGCUCGUGUUUGCCAUUUUCGACUUCGAUCGCUUCUCCAAGCACGACCAGAUCGGCGAGGUGAAGGUCCCUCUGUGCACGAUCGAUCUGGCGCAGACCAUCGAGGAGUGGCGCGACCUCGUCAGCGUUGAGGGUGAAGGCGGACAGGAAAAGCUGGGAGACAUCUGCUUCUCGCUGCGCUACGUCCCGACUGCUGGCAAGCUAACCGUCGUCAUACUGGAGGCCAAGAACCUGAAGAAGAUGGACGUGGGCGGACUGUCUGAUCCAUAUGUGAAAAUUGCAAUCAUGCAAAAUGGCAAACGUUUGAAAAAGAAGAAGACAAGUAUCAAAAAAUGCACCCUCAACCCUUACUAUAAUGAGUCGUUCUCAUUUGAAGUACCAUUUGAACAAAUACAAAAAAUCUGUCUCGUUGUGACCGUUGUGGACUACGAUCGUAUUGGUACCUCUGAGCCCAUAGGACGCUGCAUACUCGGCUGUAUGGGAACCGGAACUGAGCUGCGCCACUGGUCGGACAUGUUGGCCUCCCCGCGUCGACCCAUUGCCCAGUGGCACACACUCAAGGACCCCGAGGAGACCGACGAGAUACUGAAGAACAUGAAGUAAAGCGCUACAUGGCCAUGGCUGACAAAUGCAGACUUACAGCACAUCUAUCAAACGUAUGAAAAUAACCAAAGAAACCACAUAAGAAAGCCGUCAAGCAUAGAAAUCGAUGCAUCAUCAGCUCUAACCGAUCUAACAGAUCCUCCUGAUCCUCACCCGGAACGACAAACAACAAUCAAAUGAAAUAUCGUAGUUAAAGCAAAUUGUUCAUCUAUGCAGUUAACCCACACAUACAAAAAAAAAAACAACACACACACAUACACACAGGAAUCAAAGCCGAUUUAAUGAUAACUUUAGGAUUAUAAGGUAUAUCUCAUUGGUUGAACAGGAAAAUGAAAUGAAAACAUAAAACUAAUGAAAUGUUUCCAGUAACCGAAAUGAUUUGGCUUGGACACAGUUAUAUAUUCGUGCGAGUGUUCAUUUCCAGAUCUACUACUCGCAGGACCUUAUUGUUGUCACUGAUUGCGAUUUUUCCAAAUAAAUUAACGCUAAAAUGAAUGCAGAAAUGUUCUACAUACUCAGCGUAUGGACGUAUGGAUAAAUUAAUUAAACAAAACGGAAGUUGUGGGGUAUCAUUUUAAAAGUUAAGUUUCAUUCGAUUUUAAAUUAGUCCAGCGACAAAGUGUCGGAAUCUAACCAGUUUUCACUUUGCUUUUCAACUGUUGAAGGAUUACUAGCGAAUAAUAUUACUAAUGAACAUAAACAAAGGCAUCGCAACUGUUAUGUAAAUUAUUUAUUAUGUUUAAAUUAUGAGAAUGUACUUAACUGUGUAAGUAUAAAUCAACAUAUAUGGAUAAUAGACAAAGAAGCAACACAUGACAGACAUAUGAAACAGAAACAGAGGAAGGAAAGCAGAAUCAUAAAUUAUAUAUAUUAUACAUAUAUAAAUAUUAUGUAACCCUUGCAUAGACUAAUGUUAUGUAUGUAUACACAGAUCUGAGUUUUGAAGACCUAACAAAAUCAGACGUAUAUUCGUAAGUAGAGAGGAAGCCCCAAAACCAAAAGCAAAUAACAAAAGUUAAACUUUAAAGCGUGAUUUCAAUGGAAUAUAUCAUCAGUUUAAUCUUUACAAAAUAUCGAACAUUUUGCGCCGUGGAUCAGAUUGGAAUCUUUGUUUUAUGAUUAUUUAUAUUAAAGAAUGUUAGGUAAGAAGAACUACUAUAUUACGGCUCAGUUUUUUUUAGGGAAAAUUCAUUUUCUAACGCGAACUUUUAACCUUCUUUAUUUGUGGAUCUCCUGAUUAAAAUCCUCAUUUAUUUUCGACUAGAAUCUAUCCCUUUGUUGCUCCUUCGACUCAAGUCUUGAGGUUUCUACAUUUCUUCGUUUUGGACUCUACCACACUCAAUAAUUUAGAAAUCAUAUUAGGACCUAAUGAAAAUAUACAUACUAACUAAAUGAUUAUGGCAAAAUGUUAAAACAGAAAAAGAAAUAUUAAGAACAAUAAUAGUUAUUACUAUUUAUAUUAUAUUCAAGUAUAUAUAUACGACAUCUAAACAAUAUACAUUUAUAUAUACUUAUAUAACAUAGUGCUCUUGCUGCACAAGCCUACUAAGAAAUCGGAUCUUUUAAUAUGGCCCGCAAAAAGAACUUCUAUCUUCCUAUAGAAACAGUCUCAGAGUUGAAUAGGAGGCAAGGGCAGCGCGUUUCCAGGGGAAAGUCGGGUAUAAAUUGAACAAAUUAAAAGUGAGAAAAGAGAAUAGGAUGAGCCAUAAUUUUCUGAUUUUUUCCAUAUUGAAAGUAAUGAAAUUCCACUAAUAAAUUAGAUGUUUUUUGUCCUGUAAAUGGUAUAUUAUGUAAUGGUAAUGAUAAUGCGUAGUUAGGGAUCGGUGUAUCCCCUGUACACACACCUACACAGUUGUAGUUAUGUUCACCGAAACAGCCAGAGAUGCAUACAAAAUAUGAGUGCACACAAGAUGCAAAUGCAAAUAACAAAUAUUUAUGUAAUAUAAUUCAUCUAAAUUAAAAAAAAAAAACAAAACAAAAAAAAAAACAAGUCGAAAAAGAACUCGAAAUGGGGGACAAAGCUCGAUGGAAGACAGGAAAAACAGAUCUAUAAGAAAUUACGAGCAUUCUUCAAUACAAAAAUUAAACAAAAUAAAGUACUUUGCUUUUCCAAAUAGUUACUGUAAAUUAUCUCAAAACCCAAGAACAAAGACACAAAGACACGAAAUAAAUCUUAAAUAACAACAAAUUAACAUAACCUAAUCACAAAAACAAAGACAACAACAACAACAACAACAAAGAGAAACAAACUAUAUAUACUUGCGUAUUUAAACAAAUUAUAUGAAAUUAUAUGAAAUGAUGUUGAUUAUUGAUUUAAAUUUAAACUGAGAAAGUGAAUAAAACAAAUUAUAUAUACACCUAUAUAUAUAUACAUAUAUAUAUACAUACAUAUAUAUAAUAUUAAACCAGACAAAAGCAGAAAAGUUCAUUUGUGUUUUCCUUCAGUUUCAGUAUCUUUAGUUAAACAGCGUUACACUGGGCCACACACAGAACCCCCUUGAGAGAAGAAUGUAAGUGUGAGCCCCUCUAAAAUCCGGAUGUACAUACAUACAUACAUACAUGCACAGAGACACAGACGCAAACACAGAUACACACACAGACACACAGUAAAACUGACCACACGAACUGACCAAAAAGCAAGUCGUACACUUAAAUGUAUUAUAAAGUUAGUUAUACAACAAUAUCUGUAUCUGUAUAUGUAUAUGUACUUGUACUAUUAUUUCCUAAAGUCGAAAGCAGAGAGAUUCGAAAGAUACGUUUUCAAAGCAGCAUUCAAAAGCAGCGCAAAGCCAUCACGAAAAGCACAAAUCAGUAGGAAAGGCGAAAUGACGCCAAACAAAACAAAACAAAAACAAAAAAUAAUAUUAAAUAGGUAACAAUAACAUAAAGACGAUGGAAGCAAGAAGAAGCCA